AUGGAACCAGACUGGCACUGGAGCACGCACCUGAAUGGCCAUUCUUUCUGGACCAUCGCAGAGAAUGCUUCUGACUCUUGGGCAUGGAGAAAGCUGCUGGACCUGAGACCUCUUGCGCUUCAGUUUAGUAAAACAAGGCUGGGUAACGGUCUCACAGCAAGCUUCUGGUCCGAUCAGUGGACUCCCAUUGUCUCACAGCAAGCUUCUGGUCCGAACAGAUGCUAUAGCAGGAUCACAUUGGACCCUUACACAUCCACGUCUUCCACAACGUGGGAAGUGCUCAUGUCGCGUCAACAGAUCAAAAAUUGGGUGGAUGUGGUCUGGUUCAAAGGAGCAAUUCCGAAGCAUAGCUUCACUAUGUGGAUCGUAAACUACGACAGGUUGCCUACACGAUCAAGACUUGCAGCAUGGGGAUUACCGGUCUCACCCUCCUGCCCUUUUUACUCCAACUUCGAAGAGAUGAGGGAUCAUCUCAUGCUUUCAUGCGAAUACAUUCAAGAAGUUUGGAGGGAGGUCCUGCUCAGAUGCCAGCCACCAAACACCAUGUUCGUAGACUGGUCAGAGCUCUUGUCCUGGAUCAGAGCUGCAUCUUCUUCCAAACUUUCUCUCCUUAGGAAGCUAGCGGUUCAGACGGUGAUAUACCAUCUAUGGAAGCAGAGAAACAACCUGAGGUAUCCUGGCCCCACAGAAGUGAUCCACACUAGUCACGUGUUGUCACGUGUCGGUUCUCUGUACCUGGCGAUGCCGAAAUUUUAG